AUGCAUGUGCAGGCCCACCUGACGGCAGGGGACUUGGGAAACUGGAAACCACCAAGUGGGUCAGACUCCCAUAUCUCCGUUUCUACGGGAAUACGGAGUCAAACUGUGCUGAACAGGGAUCCUAUCAGGGAGCAGGAAGGUCAGGAUCUGUUCGUUACCUGCCGGUCGUCUGCUCUAAGUGGUGCUCUACACGCCGUCCAACCAGCCGAGGCUCGCAAACGGCGCUUUUCGACAGCCAAUAAAACCCCAAUGGAUCACUCAUUUGGGGUAUGCUGGAUUACCUUGCCAGGGGUGGUGAUGAUGAUCCCUCACGGGGAUACGCCGGAUGAACAUCAGCCACCAUUCCUCUCAGGCAGACUAUCUCAGGGGCUAAACGAUCACGAAGCGAUGCGCCCUCCCGGCGGGACCCGCGCAUCCCUGGGAGAUCAGAAAGUUAGAACUCAAUAUAAGGUGUCUCUGUUCACACGCUAUCAUUAUGGCGCCACGGAUCAGUUACGAAAGGCGUUAGGAGUGAUACUACAACAUGAGUCAAGGGCUUCGGCUCGUGAUAUCAGGACUAAAAGUAAAACCUCUUAG